UGUCCGUGUGAAAUAGUUGGUGUGUUUGCCCAGCAGUCGGGGAGUAGUUUGUCACCAAAACAAGUUAGAAGGUUCGAUUUCGGGAGAGACAGACAGCCGGUGGAAGGAUGUCCGUCUUCUUGGUUUGCCUGGCUGCAGUGGUCGCUCUUUAUUUGCUCAUUUAUUAUAAUUUCCUGAAAGGUUCUCGAUGUAAAAGUACUGCAAUGCUGACAGGGAAAACCGCCAUAGUGACAGGUGCCAACACAGGCAUUGGCAAGACCACGGCUCUGGAGCUCGCCAAGAGAGGAGCCCGGGUCAUCCUGGCCUGCAGGAGCAAAGAGAGAGCCGAGGCGGCCGUCUAUGACAUCAGGAGGGAGAGCGGGAACAACCAGGUGGUGUACAUGCACCUGGACCUGGCGAGUCUCCGUUCGGUGCGCUCCUUUACCGAGACCUUCCUGAAGCAGGAACCACGGCUGGAUCUGCUCAUCAACAACGCAGGUGUGAUCGGCUCCGGUCGCACGGAGGAGGGCUUUGGCCUGGCCUUCGGAGUCAACCACCUGGGCCACUUCCUGCUCACCUGCCUGCUGCUGGAGCGCCUCAAGCAGACAGGCAGCGCUCGCGUCGUUAACGUUUCGGCUCUCCUCUACCACCUUGGCUCCGUCCACUUCCCCACGCUGGCGGCGCUCAAGGACCUGGUGAGCGGGCAGUCGACCCUGGACAACAUCCAGGCAUACUGCAGCAGCAAGCUGUGCAAUGUGCUGUUCACGCGGGAGCUCGCCAACCGCCUCGAGGGGUCCGGCGUCACCUGCUACAGUCUGCACCCAGGAGUCAUCCGCACUGAGAUCGGCCGCAACAUGAGCCUGUGGCUGAGGCUCCUCACGGUGCCGCUCAUCUGGCUUUUCUUCCUGGACGCCGAGUCGGGAGCCCAGACCACACUGCACUGCUCCCUCCAGGAGGGCAUCGAAUCCCUGAACGGCCGCUUCUUCUCCGACUGCGCCGUGCUUGAGGUGAACGCCAAAGCGCGCGACGACGCCUUGGCCAAGAAGCUGUGGGAGGAGAGCGAGAGGCUGUGCGGCCUUUCCUGAGGUCCACUACGUGAGGGCGCUGUCCGGAACUCGGCUCACGGCGGCCGCGAUCCAGAGUGAAGAUCACCGAUGUUUUAAUAAACAAGUCUCUGAGCCGAGCGCCUUCACAGCAUCCAAACCCAAAGGCGGUUUGAGUUCAAAGUCUGCUGGUGUACUUUGUUUUUCCGCUUUCGUUCAUGUAACUGACACUUACUUACUCCAAGCUGACUUAGUGUUAAGCUGCUUGUAAUGAGUUACUCAUUGAUAAAGCAGGAUAAUUUUUACUGGAGCAAUUCGGGGUAGUUCCUGGUCGAGUGUCUUGUCACCUGGAGAUGGGAUUUGGACCUUUUAUAUGAGUCCAAAGGGGGCACCUCUUAACCACUACGCCACCUAUUGGUGGAAACCCCUCCAGUUGAGUCCACUCAGACUAAAGGGAUGUGGGAGUGUCUGUGUACCUUAUUGUGUGACACUAACACCAUAAACUAAUAUUUUUAUGUAUUUUUUGUACGCAUUCCAGGUGAAGGGAUAUGGAAUCAAUAAAGAUCACUG